UGAAUGACAGGAACGAAGCCGGCGGAGCGUGUGCCGUUUUUUCCCACUCUCUCCAGAUCUGACAGUUAUGAACAAGAGCGAGAAGGAGAAGACAACUGUAAAUAAAGCCGAGAGACACACAGCCUGAAGGAAAGUGAUUACCACGACUCUGCUCCACUCCGGAGUUACUUUAAAUCCAGUCAGUUUGGACGCUUCACAGAAGGAAUGCUUUACUGAACAGCUGUGGAGGACGGGCGGUAUGGAUGCUGGUUUGUCUUCUCUGCGCUCGGACGCCGUGGGAGCCAUGAGGACGGCGCUGGUGUCUGCUGAGAGCUUACAGCUCAGUCUGAGGACCGGACUCAGUCAGGAGGAACAGGCCCUCACACAAAACAAACACAGCCCCAAGGAGAUACACAAAAGCGGGAAUGAAGACCUUAAGGAGAUGUUGGAGAGCAACAAGGAGUCGCUCAAACUGGAGGCCAUGAAAAGGGUCGUAGGGCUGAUUGCCAAAGGGAAAAACGCCUCCGAGCUGUUUCCUGCUGUCGUGAAGAACGUUGCGAGUAAGAACAUUGAGCUUAAGAAGCUGGUGUAUGUGUACCUGGUGAGGUACGCAGAGGAGCAGCAGGACCUGGCUUUGCUUUCCAUCAGCACCUUCCAGCGGGCCCUCAAGGACCCAAACCAGUUCAUCAGAGCCAGCGCACUGAGGGUUUUGUCCAGCAUCCGGGUCUCUAUAAUCGUCCCCAUCAUGAUGCUGGCCAUCAAGGAGUCAGCGGCUGACCUGUCCCCGUAUGUCAGGAAGACCUCCGCCCAUGCUAUCCAGAAGCUCUACAGCCUGGAUCCAGACCAGAAAGAGCAGCUGAUCGAAGUGAUAGAGAAACUAUUGAAAGACAAAAGCACACUGGUAGCCGGCAGUGUGGUGAUGGCUUUUGAGGAAGUGUGUCCGGAUCGUAUCGACCUGAUCCAUAAGAACUACAGGAAGCUGUGUAACCUGUUGGUGGACGUGGAGGAGUGGGGACAGGUGGUCAUCAUCUCCAUGCUGACGCGCUACGCCAGGACGCAGUUUAUCAGUCCCUGGAAGGAUGGGGCCAUGUUUGAUGAGAACGAGAAGGCGUUUUAUGACUCCGACUCUGAAGAGAAGAAAGACGAGACAGAGGCCAAACCGUACAUCAUGGAUCCAGAUCACAGGCUGCUGCUCAGGAACACUAAACCUCUGCUGCAGAGCAGGAACACCGCUGUGGUGAUGUCAGUCGCUCAGCUCUAUUGGCAUUUGGCUCCUAAGCAUGAAGUCAGCAUUGUAACAAAGUCACUGGUUCGACUGCUAAGAAGCCACAGAGAGGUUCAGUACAUCGUGCUGCAGAAUAUCGCCACGAUGUCCAUCCAGAGGAAGGGGAUGUUUGAGCCCUACAUGAAGAGUUUCUAUGUGAGAUCGACAGAUGCCACUCACAUCAAAACACUAAAGUUGGAGAUCCUGACGAACCUGGCCAAUGAAGCAAACAUCUCUACUAUCCUGAGGGAGUUUCAGACCUAUGUGAAGAGCCAGGACAAGGCGUUUGCAGCAGCUACAAUCCAGGCCAUCGGCAGAUGUGCAACGAACAUCUCAGAGGUGACGGACACGUGUCUCAACGGUCUGGUGCUCCUGCUUUCAAACAGAGACGAGACAGUGGUGGCCGAGAGCGUGGUGGUGAUCAAGAAGCUGCUUCAGACUCAGCCCACCCAGCACUGCGAGAUCAUCCGACACAUGGCCAAGCUCUUCGACAACAUCACUGUCCCGAUGGCCCGAGCCAGCAUCCUGUGGCUGAUGGGAGAGUACUGUGAGCGGGUGCCCAAAAUCGCACCUGAUGUCCUCCGUAAGAUGGCGAAAUCUUUCACAGCGGAGGAGGACAUCGUGAAGCUGCAGACGGUCAACCUGGCAGCCAAACUUUACCUCACCAACUCCAAACAGACCAAGCUGCUGACCCAGUACAUCCUGAACCUCGGCAAGUACGACCAAAACUACGACAUCAGAGACCGCACGCGCUUCAUACGGCAGCUGAUAGUGCCCAACGAGAAGAGCGGCGCCCUCAACAAGUAUGCGCGACGCAUCCUGCUGGCCCCCAAACCAGCGCCGGUGCUCCAGUCUGCCUUCAAAGAUCGAGACCGCUUCCAGCUGGGCACGCUCUCUCACAGUCUGAACACCAAAGCAUCGGGAUACCAGGAGCUCUCAGACUGGCCUGAAGUCGCUCCUGACCAAUCAGAGAGGAACGUGGAGGUCAUUGAGCCGAUCAAAGAGUGGACACCGAUAGUCGGGAAAUGGGAAACCAAGAAAACCAAAUCUGAUGAGAAGUUCUACUCGGACGAUGAAGAGGAGAAAGAAGAGGAAGGAUCAGAGAGCAGCGGGAGUGAGGACAGCAGCAGCAGCAGCAGCAGCAGCAGUGAAGAGUCGGGCAGCGAGAGCGAGGAGGAAAGCAGCGAGGAGUCCGAAAAGACCUCCACUGAUUCUGGACAGAGCUCCAGUGGAUCCGAAAAGAGCUCCAGCGAGUCGGAUUCAGACCAGAAGAAGAAGAAGACCAAGAAGAAGACCAAGAAGGCACCACAGAAGAAGAGCAAGCCCACUGCUGCUGACAGUGACUCAGAUGAAAACGGUAACGGACCUGUGGCCCAGGCCAGCAGCUCGUCAGCCGAAAGCUCGUCCGGCUCAGAGUCGGACUCUGAAGACGACUCGGACUCGGACUCAGUCGCACCGCAGAAGAAGAAGAGCGAUGCCAAGUCCAAACCCAAGGUGGAAGUGAAGUCAAAGAAGGAAGUUUCCUUAUUGGAUCUGGAUGACUUUUCUCCUGCACCCACAAACGCGCCAAAGUCUACAGUGGUCUCUUCGAGCCUGCUGUCUGACCUUGAGGGCCUCUCCCUCUCCAACGUCUCCUCCACCAUGCAGGUCACCACUCCGUCUUUCUGCCCCAUGAAAACCUACGAGCUGCUUCACCAUAUGAGCGGAAAAGGCCUGUCAGCCAAGUACCAUUUCCCCAGACAGCCCUGUUUGUACGAGCCCAGUAUGGUGUCUGUACAGGUCAUACUGACCAACGGCUCGGACCACUGCUUAGAGGAGAUCCACAUAGGAGACCGCAGCCCAGGGAGCCUCAGUAUCCACUGCUUCAACACCAUCGAGCGGCUGGAGCAAGAGGCCUCGGUGACGGUUUCCAUGGGUAUUGACUUCAGCGACUCGACGCAAGCAGCCAACUUCCAGUUAUGCACAAAGGAGAACCAGUUCAGUGUGUCCAUCCAGCCUGCUGUAGGAGAGCUGCUAAUGCCGAGCAGCCUGAAUGAACAAGACUUCUGCAAGGAGCAAGGUAAGCUCCUGGGCAUGAACGAGACCUCUGCAACCAUCGCCAUGGCAACAGCAAACUCCUCCAGUCAGGCCAUCAACAAGCACAUCCUGUCUGUAGCCAACGUCGGGCAGGUUUCAUCCAGCCAGAACAACUUUCACAGGUUUGCCGGGCGGACGGUGAGCAGCGGCGCUCUGGUGUUGGUGUCGCUGGAGCUGAAGGAGUCGUCCACCGCCCUCCUCACCAUCAACACAGACAAAAGCGUCAUGGCGUCCAUGUUGCUCCGAGACCUCAAACAAGCUCUAGCCCAGGCGUAGACAUCCCCGACCCCUCCUCCUCCUCCUCCUCCUUCCUCCCUUCCUCCACUAGUAAAGGUAAAGGGGAGCAGCACUUACUUAAAGUUUUCACAGACUUUAUUUCUAUGGUUGAGGACAAUUCAGGACAAAUGAUUGAGGUUCAGUGAACUGGAGACACUGUUCAGAGUAUUCAUGUAGCGUUUCAUGUUUUUCCAAUCACUGCUUUUUUUUCAGAUGAUUGUCCUGAACGACAGGAAUAACUCUGUGAACGUUAAUCAAGUGUCUAUCCACGAUUUAAAACACAGAAGUUAUUAUGGACGUGAUAAGAAAGUUAAAAUGAUGUAAACUUCUCUCUGUCAAAUUAAACAUGACACCACUGCAUCAUAAAUUCAGACGGUCAUUCACCUCAGCGUUUACUUGUUGAUCCCAUUAUGACCUUGACGAAGCACGAUUGUGUUCAAACAUCUGUACAUACGUCAUGUGAGAAAGCCAACAUUACUCAAAGUACAACAGGCCAAAUAGUCUGUACUUUCCUACUACAGGAAACGAGGGCCUGACCGAUAUUUGAUUUUUGGGGCUGAUACCGAUAUUAGGGAGAGAAAAAAUUCCAAUGCCGAUAAUUUCAGCCGAUAUUGCUUUGAUCACUCAAAUGCUGUUUUCACUCACUUCAAGGAAAAGAUUUAUAAUUAAGAACAGGUUUUUUUUACAUUUGGACCGAGGUCUUUGUUGUCCAGAAUAAGAACAGUUCACUGAUACGCUCAUUUUAACUUAGAAAUGAACACUGAUAAAAAUAAAUAAUGAACUUAAAUUGAAUACACCAAGUAAUACCGACUUAUAUCGGAGAUAAAAUAAGCCGAUAACGAUCGUCAUGUCAUGUGCUCAUAUCGGCAGAUAUAAUCGGCCGGCUGAUUUAUCGGUCGGGCUCUACACGGCGCUCCACAAAACAAUCGAUGUUUGACUUAAUUUCAUCCUUCUCACUACCCCUACCUACGAGAGUUCUCAAAAAUAAAGAUAUUUAACAGGUGACUUCUUCAUUGCCCCUCCCCAUUUCUCCUCCUCUUUCCCUCUCCAUCUCUCUUCCUGCUGUAGAUUUCCACUCCAGUGUUUCCACUUCCCCCAAAGUCCCAUCUCGUAAAGUGCCUUCUACAAGAGAAAAUAAUGUAAUGUAGAAAACCAAACGUAUUCAUUAGAUUAAAAUCAACAAGGUCUUUUUAUCUGUAUCGCUUUAUGCUGAACAAUAAAAAGUGAAUUUAUUAUAACAGA